UGUGGUUCGAGUUUUGCCUCCGGGUCGUGAGCUUCGUGCUGAUUAAAACCUCAGCCUUGUGGCACUAACUGCUGCUUGUUCAAAGCGGCGUGAAUAAAAUACAACAUUAUACCUAGGCUGGAUCGCCAAGGCUACAGGUCUCCAGGUUCAACUUGAAGUCGAUGAUGUUCGAAAGCAAAGUCCAAGUCCGCGUAGUGGUGUCGCAGUAAGCCGGUUCACGACAUUCCUUCCAAUUCGCAUCCAAAUCACGUUUCAACAAAAACGUGCUCUCAAAUCACCGUCACGAUUGAAACACCAGCAACAUUACCUCCAAGUUGCCUCUUCAGCUUCGCUUUCUUGGUCAAAAAAUAAAACAAUAUCAAAAUGGACGACGUUGAACUCAACAUCACCCAGCAGGACAUCGCGCGCCUGACCCCUGCCGAGCAGUCGCAGCUCCAGACCUUCGUCCAGGUUCAGAUGCAAAGAGCGCAGAUCCAGAAGAACAUUCACGAAAUGACGGAAAUGUGCUUCAAGAAAUGCAUCACCGGCUCGAUAUCUGGGGGCAAGUUGGCCCCCAAGGAAGAGACGUGCAUGUCCAACUGUGUGGAAAGAUUCAUGGAUACGAAUGUGACGAUUUUGAAACACCUGGAUGCCAUCCGUGCGGGACAAUGAUGGCAUAAGGCACGACGAGUUUUUGAAAAUGCGAAACUUUUGUACAACUACAAGAUUUGAUGUAAUCGUGGUUGGGGUUCUGCCGCAAUAGGACAGUCCGGGGGAAAUACUCGGAAGGAGGAUUGCAUUGUCCGGCAGAUCGCUUCGCAUAUGUAACAUCACAUCGGGAUAGAGGUGGCAGACACGUCCUCCGAGGGCGUUGCCGGAAGACCAAAAAAAGAAUUCCUGCUCUCAAAAAUGGUUUCUGGACUUUUUCUUCAUAAGCACGCUUGGGUUUUGGUAAUAGCUCAAUCCUCUAAUCGUGGAUCCUCAAAGUCCAUUCCACGCUCAACCGUAUCCCCUAUGCAGAUGUUGCCCUUGAGAAUCGCUGUCACUGGGCGCUCAGCCUCUGCAUCCGGUGAGAAUCUCCCAUCCUCGUACAACA